AUGGAUCCAGACCAGUUAGAUACACACAAGAAAACGCUUCGAGAUAUUGCGCGCACCGCUUAUGACAGUCGUGUGCCCUUCAACAGCAUCACUUCUAAACGACACCGCCAAAUAUUGGACCGCGCCAUCAGAAAUGUUCUGUCAACCGGAUUAGCACAGUUCACAUACGCCCAAAUAAUAGAUGGCCUCCCCGUUGCGGAUGUUGCAUGGGACCGUCGACUUCCUGGUAUCAUGGGAGAGCACAUCAUUGAUGACCAUAAGACACUGUGCCCUGGAGCUUUGGAUAAAGCACAGGAGUACUAUGAAGAAUGGGAACCUUCGAGUCUCAAGUUCGAUCCUGAAACUCUGAAAGCCUUUCAAAGGGCCAAACCUGCCUCCAAACACUUCAACAUAUGCCUAGUCGAGUUGGUAGCUGUAGCUCUGCAUCAAGUAGCAGUCUGGCUACAUAAGCUCGAACCCCAUCUUCACCAGGGCGAUAUUGACGCUAUCACAUACUGGGAGAUGCCGCUAUCUGAGACGAUGGCUCGAUUUCCGCCUGGACCAACUCUUUUCAGCCACCACGAUUAUCUUGACGACGAUAUAUACCCAGAAGGGGUGGCAGAUAUGGUUGGCUACUGGGCUGAGGAUCGCAUUCUGGGCGGCGUAACGGUGUUCGAUCGACGCCCCGAAAAUCCGGAUGAGAUACCCAACAUCUACUUUCACCCAUGCCGCAAGAGUCAGACGAUCAGGGUGUACCAACUACGAGAUGAGCAACAACAGGCUCUCUUCGAAUUUCUUCUCCAGGAAGAGCCGGGAUCAUUACCACCACCUCUACCGAUUCUUGGCGACAAGCAGAAUCGCGUGAGAGUCGACGCACCGAGAGCACUCACACACCAUCAUAUCUACAGAGGGAUCUGGGAAAGAAGGCCAUUGACUAUCGUAGAAAUGAGAAUAUUUGACAGAAGACCAAAAGACGAGCCUGACUACCCCGAGGUCGGCGCUAUGAUACGUCGCAUCAAUGCACAGGGCGGCAUUCCGCUACCGCAGCCUCGCCCGCGCUCUUUGUCGCCGCCGAUGAGGGAGGAUGCUGAUGAGAAGAACUAUAGAGACAGGGACUAG